UCGGCGGCCUCGGGCGGCCCGCGCGUGAGGGAGCGUUCCGGGGCCCUUGACUUCUGGCUGCCUGCCGUACUCCCCCGCCCCUCCCUUCUCUCAUGCAGCGUGGAGCUUCUCGCAGUCGCCGCUCAGAUUGGGGGUGCUAAGGCGCCGGGGCAGCGAUCGAUAUGUCGUCGGGGCUCCGAGCUGCCGACUUUCCCCUCUGGAAGCGUCACAUCGCGGCGGAGCUGCGGCGCCGGGACCGGCUGCAGAGGCAGGCGUUCGAGGAGAUCAUUCUGCAGUAUAACAAGUUACUGGAAAAGUCAGAUCUUCAUUCAGUGUUGGCCCAGAAGCUACAGGCCGAAAAGCAUGACACACCAAACAGGCAUGACAUAAGUAGUGAUAAGAACGAGUUGUGUUUUGUCUGGUGGUGGUUUAGCCCCGGACACGAUGGCACAUGGAACGACAGUCAUCUACAAGAGAUGUCAAAGCUGCGGAUUAAGCACCAGGAAGAGCUGACUGAGUUACACAAGAAACGUGGGGAGUUAGCUCAGUUGGUGAUCGACUUGAAUAACCAAAUGCAGCAGAAGGACAGGGAGAUGCAGAUGAAUGAAGCAAAAAUUGCUGAGUGUUUGCAGACUAUCUCUGAUCUGGAGACCGAAUGCCUGGAUCUGCGCAGCAAGCUGCAGGACCUUGAGAUAGCCAACCAGACCCUGAAGGACGAAUAUGACGCUCUGCAGAUCACUUUUACUGCCUUGGAGGAGAAACUGAGGAAAACUACAGAGGAGAACCAGGAGCUGGUUACUAGGUGGAUGGCUGAGAAGGCCCAAGAAGCCAAUCGCCUCAAUGCCGAGAACGAGAAAGACUCCAGGAGGCGUCAAGCCCGACUGCAGAAAGAACUUGCAGAAGCAGCAAAGGAGCCUCUGCCAGUUGAACAGGAUGAUGACAUUGAAGUCAUAGUGGAUGAAACCUCAGACCACCCAGAGGAGACUUCUCCUGUGAGAGCUGUCAGCAGAACAGCCACUAAGCGACUCUCGCAGCCUGCUGGAGGCCUUCUGGAUUCUAUCACUAAUAUCUUUGGGAGACGUUCUGUCUCUUCCUUCCCAGUCCCCCAGGACAAUGUGGAUACUCACCCUGCUUCUGGUAAAGACGUGAGGGUACCAACCACUGCUGUGUGUGUCUUUGAUGCACACGAUGGAGAAGUUAAUGCUGUGCAGUUCAGUCCGGGUUCCCGAUUACUGGCCACAGGAGGCAUGGAUCGGAGGGUUAAGCUCUGGGAAGCAUGUGGAGAUAAAUGUGAAUUCAAAGGUUCACUGUCUGGCAGUAAUGCCGGAAUCACAAGCAUUGAAUUUGAUAGUGCUGGAGCUUAUCUCUUAGCCGCAUCAAAUGAUUUUGCAAGCCGAAUCUGGACUGUGGAUGAUUAUAGGUUACGGCACACACUCACUGGACACAGUGGGAAAGUGCUUUCUGCUAAGUUCCUGCUGGACAACGCACGGAUUGUCUCGGGAAGUCAUGAUCGGACCCUCAAACUCUGGGAUCUACGCAGCAAAGUCUGCAUAAAGACAGUGUUUGCGGGAUCCAGUUGCAACGAUAUUGUCUGCACAGAACAAUGUGUAAUGAGUGGACAUUUUGAUAAGAAAAUCCGUUUCUGGGACAUCCGAUCAGAGAGUGUGGUCCGAGAGAUGGAGCUGUUGGGGAGGAUCACUGCCUUGGACUUAAACCCAGAGAGGACAGAGCUCCUGAGCUGCUCCCGGGAUGACCUGCUGAAAGUCAUUGAUCUCCGGACAAAUGCUGUGAAGCAGACAUUCAGUGCGCCUGGAUUCAAGUGCGGCUCAGACUGGACACGAGUGGUCUUCAGCCCUGAUGGUGGUUAUGUGGCAGCAGGCUCAGCCGAAGGCUCGCUUUAUGUCUGGAACGUGCUCACAGGGAAAGUGGAGAAGGUGCUUUCCAAACAACACAGCUCCUCCAUCAAUGCGGUGGCCUGGGCCCCCUCCGGCUUGCAUGUCAUCAGCGUGGACAAAGGCAGCAAAGCGGUGCUGUGGGCUCACCCCUGAGGUUGCUGCCUGUGGCUCCCUCCACCCUGUCCUGGUGAGCAGCAUGGCCUCCUGGAGAAGCGCUCCAGCUUCGUGACAUGGGAGCCUCGUUGUGAACAGCAGUUCCGAGAACUUAGAGGUCUGUAGUGGCCAAAGAAUUGACACUGAAACCACCUGACUCUGCAGCACCUGGCAGAGGUUCGGGUUCUUCGAUUGGAUCUGACCCAUGUGGAAACACUACUAGCUUUGAUCCUCCAUACCUCAUUGGGGAGCACAGGGCCCCCUGCUGGAUUGCCCCACUGCCAGUCAUAACCCCCCUACAGCUGGGUGUUGGUCCCCCUGUGCCGCUCCCAUCCUUCCAAAGCGGGGCCUGGGUUGUUGCACAGCCCAUCCUCUUGCCUUGGGGUCAUUUGCCAGUGAACUUGCUGUAAGCAUUGGUUUAGUGGAGAUGCCAAAACCAAGCCUGUUGUGAGGCUAGAGGCCGAUGUUGCAGGACUCUGCCUGCGAUCCAAUCCUGUCUUACUACUGCUGAAACCUCUUUGUCUCCUAAGAGUUUCUGGCUCUCUUCUUCUUCCCAACACUUCAAUCUAUCUGUUUCUUGGUCAAGAAGUAGGUGUCGGUUUGGUUUAAAUUUUUCUGCGAUAGGAGAGGACAGUUGCCAAUGUUUUUCCCAGAGAGGUAACUCCAGCAAGGUAAGGAAUGUGUCUCGGGGCCGGCACUGGGGAUUCCGGCCUCUGCCAGGCCUGUGUGCUGUCCACCCCGGGUGUUUGGUGCAAGAAGUGAGAGGAAGGCUGGAGGAGAAAAUUGAUCAUUUUACCUGGGUCUGCAUGUCUGAAACACCAUGACUUCAUUUUUUAAUUUGCACUUUAUUUUUUCCUCCACACUUGGCCUCUGGACAGCUGUGGGGCGAGGGGGAGCGGAUGGCCUUGGCUUUCCCUCGGCCUGGGCCACCGUCUCCACUCCUCUUUGCAUGCACCUUACCGCUCGGUUUGCUGUCCAGAUGACUUGGGCAAGGGGGGCUGCAAUGCAAAGGCCAGGGCAUAGCUUCUAUUUAUUUAAUUAUGUGGCCCAACAUUACUUGAUUAUAAAUUAAAAAAAUCUUGUU